AUGGAAGAUAGUCUCCAACAAAUCCAUCAAACACUACAGGAACAGUCACAAGACCGCAAGAGAGAAUCAACUGGGGAAUCUUACCGUGAAAACUGCGUCCAGCCCGCGAGCCUUCUACCUCAAGGGGAUGUGACGAUUUCUCUGCCCGAAAACCCAGAAGAAAACUGCGAUGACAGUAUAGCCAUUUUCCCUAUGGAAAACUUUGACCAAAACGACCAACCCGACCUCCCUCCACCUCAGAUCUUGGAAGCACUGAAAGACAUGUAUUUCCAACAUGGUCACUCAUGGAUGAACAUUCUGGAUGCUUCUCAAUUUGAAAGGAAUAUGUUCAAUCCGGACCAAACAAUAUUACUGCACGCGCUUGUGGUAUUCGGAUUCAAGUACUGGACUGAUUCAUUCCCGGACUCGAGGAUGCGGCAACAAUACACAGACAGGUCAAGGGAGAAAAUACUCAGUUUGGCCGUGAAUGAGAUAUCAUUUCCAUCGGCUCAGGCGCUUGCAUUCCUCGCUUUCGAUGCUUUAGGCCAAGGUCCUAGCAGCAAAACCCUGAAUGUCAUGUCGUUGCUUACUACGGCCAUUGGCCAGCUUGGGCUGGUCCGAGCUGUAGUUGAGGACAAUGAACGACGAACUGAGUCGCCUACUCGAAUGGUGAGAAGCCAAGUUCAUGAGUGUCGGCCUCGUGAAAACGAGACUGUCCAGCAGCCUUGUUUGUUUUGGACGGUUUAUGUUCUUGAUCGAAUCAUUGGCGUAUCGCAUGGCUUUGAAUGCAGAGUCGCACCAAACUUGUUUCGUAGGACAGUGGUUGACAAGGACGAAGUCUUAACCCCAGCAAGGCGGGUUGAGGUUUUGAUCAGCGACGUGAGAACGAAAACUGGGAGGGCUGGUCUGUCAAAAUCCUUCUGUCUUCUCGUGGAAAUUAGCACACUGAUUGAAAGGGUGAAUGAGUUCAUCAUGCGCCCCGUGAACCUCCGCGACUUUGCUCAGUCCCAGGAGUGGAAGAGCCAUUUCCGGGCACUGGAUGCAGCGCUCUGCUCCUGGAAAGAGGCACAACUAGCGACUCAGCAAGAAUCAUUAGGCGAGUUUGACCCUGUACUAACUACAUGUAGAGCAAUAUUUCAUACUGCCAUCAUUCGCUUGCAGUCGGUGGCUGCAUUUCCGCCAAAGACAUACUCCCACUUCUCAGCAUCGUCACUUGCCCCAAGCAGGUGCGAGAGGGAGAUUCAAAGCAUGUGUAGGUUAUGCGAGUCCUUGCAGCCCAGCCAAUAUUCGAGUCUAGGCCCCCUCUUGGUAUUCGCCGUCUGGGUUGCUGCGCGCAACAUGGUGACGCUCUGGACCUCGGGCUGGGAGGAGAGGACUUCAGCCGUGCCACCGGAGCUUACUACCCUCAGAGAGACUCUCUGCACUCUGGCUGAAUAUUGGCCGUGCGCACAGCGUUUUACAGCGAUGAUCGACCUCGCUGUGGACGCGGCAAACCAGGCCAAUGAGCUCUCGACUCUUGCAAUAUUUAAUGACGUGUCUAAGACAGCUUUCGGGCUGCAAAACGUUCUCGGUCCCCGAAUACAGCACAAUCAAGGUGCGGAGAUGGCCCAGCUAUGGGAUUUGUUCUCUUUGCCAGGGAUAGAUGGAAAUAACUCGUUUUUCUAG